UGAAUAGACAGUUUUCUGGGAUAGACUGAAUACUACUUGAAUCAUAGUUACGUAGUUAGAAUAGUUACUAGUGGAAUUGGAAAAGAUAGGUCACUAUUUGGUUACUUGCUAACAUAUUUUGAAAGUAUUAGUAACAUUACAAUAGGUAUUACUACUUAGGUUUACACAACAGCUUUAUGUUAAAGCGGCUUGCCAUACACACGGCCACGGUGGAGAGGGAGCGGCUACGCGGGCACACACAGUCUAUGAACGCGCACAGGUAGAUUUCUAUGAUCAGUGUUCAGGUAAACCUGAAAAUCACGGCCGCUCGACUCGAGGUGGCACAUUUAAAGGGGUAUUCACCAACAUGUCAGCCCGAUCAAGACCUGGCUAUCAUCGCCUGGAGGUGAAUAAAACCGUUUGGGAGGUGCCGGAGAGAUACAGAGAUCUGAAACAGGUGGGGACGGGGGCAUAUGGUACAGUAUGCUAUGCAUUUGACCGGAGGGCAGGGGCAAAGGUGGCCAUCAAGAAACUCCAUCGUCCCUUCCAGUCUGACCUGUUUGCCAAAAGAGCUUAUCGGGAGCUCAGGCUACUCAAACACAUGAAACAUGAUAAUGUUAUUGGACUCUUGGAUGUUUUCACUGCAGACCUUUCUCUAGACCGAUUCCAUGACUUUUACUUGGUCAUGCCUUUCAUGGAUACUGAUCUAGGAAAGUUAAUGAAAAUGGAGAGACUUUCAGAGGACAGGGUCCAGUAUCUGGUCUACCAGAUGUUGAGCGGACUCAAAUAUAUCCAUGCUGCUGGAAUCAUUCACAGGGAUCUUAAACCAGGCAAUCUGGCGAUAAAUGAGGAGUGUGAGCUUAAGAUCCUGGAUUUUGGUCUAGCACGACAAGCAGACAGUGAAAUGACCGGCUAUGUUGUGACACGUUGGUACAGAGCACCUGAGGUCAUUCUUAGCUGGAUGCAUUACACACAGACUGUGGACAUCUGGUCAGUCGGAUGCAUCAUGGCAGAGAUGCUGCUAGGGAAACCACUGUUCAAAGGAAAUGACCACCUGGAUCAGCUGAUGGAGAUCAUGAAGAUUACAGGGACGCCCACAAAAGAGUUCACGGCCAAACUACAGUCUGAAGAUGCUAGACACUACGUAGCAAAGUUACCAAAACUUAAAAAGAAAGAUCUUCGGACAUUGUUACCAUAUGCUAACCCACAAGCGAUUCAUGUGUUAGACAGCAUGCUGCUCCUGGACCCUGAAAGUAGAAUAACGGCGGCAGAGGGACUGCUUCUUCCUUUCUUCUAUGAUUUGCGUGAACCGCAGGAGGAGCCCGAGGCCCCACCGUAUGAUCAUUCUCUGGAUGAGGCAGAGCAGUCAGUGGAGCAGUGGAAAAAACUCACCUUCACUGAAAUUCUGACCUUCCAUCCAGCACCAGCGGUGGCAGAAUCGAAAGAGACCGCUCUCUGAGAGUGCUUAUUUUUACAUCAUCAAGGCUUUACAUUUUCUUUGUACCAUGUCAUAUAUAGACCUUGAACUAUUUUUGUGAGUGAGUGUACGGUUUAGUUUUAGCUAAUCAGCCUGUUGUGUGCUAAUGUUUGGCACUAUUGGCAGACCAGCACCAUUCUGCAAUAUAUUGACUUGAAAAUUUGAGUAUAAAUCUUUGCAACUAUGUGAUUUUUUUUCAAGCAAAGCACAUCACUAGCCAGCAUUAAUGCUGACACAUAAUUACACUGGAGAUAAUUUCACUGACAUACUGCUGUAUAAAUAUCUGUGUGUUUUAUAUGGUUUACAUUUAAUCCUGAAAUAGAAAAAAAACAAAAAAACUCUUUUCAGGUUUUUGCCAAACUCCACAGCCAAAUACUUCAGUAUCUGCAAGAGUAUUAAUUUUACCUUUUAAUACAGUUUUCUAACCUGGCCACAGUCAUAAAAAAGAGUCCAGAAAAAUCAUGUUUUUAUGCAAAGGAAAAUAAUGUACAAUAUGCAUGUUUUUAAUUAAUUACAUUACAUUUUUGUUGUAUAUUUUUAAUUCAGGUUUACAACAGAAGAAAAAAAGUAGGAUUAAAAGGAUUAAUUUUUCUGA